CCGCUAUCGAUAAGGAGAGUGGAUUCUGCCGCAGCCAAUCGAGUCCCGGCGAUACGCCUCUUUGCAUUCGGCGCUGGAAAUUUUGUCUGCUGCCAAUUCGAUCCGCGAUCCGCAAUCCCGUCUUCACUGCGAAUCGACUGCGAGACGACAAGAUGGAGGUCGACACAAUUGACGAGCCGAUCACCAAGGUGCGCGAAAAUGGUGCCCUAGCUGUUGAGCGCACGCGGACGGAACUCGUCCCCCGCCACGAGCGCGAGAAGAUCCGCCGCCUGAGGGAAGCCAACAAGGCCUACGGCCGCGGCAAGAAGAUCAACACCAAGACCAUCAAGGACAAGAAGCUACGCACCAACCUCAAGCGCCUCGAGGGCAAGUACCAGGAUGCCGCCCUCAAGGCCAAGGACGCCGAGAUCCUGCUGGAGAACACCAGCGGCUUCCUCGAGCCCGAGCAGGAACUCGAACGCACGUACAAGGUCCGCCAGCAGGACAUUGUCGACGACGUGGCCGUCGACACGGCGCAGAAGCGCUUCGACCUCAAGCUGGACGCCCUGGGCCCGUACAACUUCGACUACUCGCGCAACGGCCGCGACCUGCUCCUCGCCGGCCGCAAGGGCCAUGUGGCCACCAUGGACUGGCGGGAGGGAAAGCUGGGCUGCGAGCUGCAGCUGAACGAGACGGUGCGCGACGCGAAGUGGCUGCACAACAACCAGUACUUUGCCGUGGCGCAGAAGAAGUACGUCUACAUCUACGACCACAACGGCGUGGAGUUGCACACCUUGAAGAAGCACCAGGAGGUGUCCCAGAUGGAGUUUCUUCCCUACCACUUCCUGCUAGCAACCAUUGGCGCCGUGGGAAUCCUCAAAUAUCAAGAUACCUCGACCGGACAACUGGUCGCCGAGAUCCCGACCCGAUUAGGAGCGCCCGUCUCCCUCGGACAGAACCCCUACAACGCCAUCCUGCACGUCGGCCACCAGAACGGUGCCGUGACGUUGUGGUCACCCAACUCGCAAGAACCCCAUGUCAAGCUGCUGGCACACAAAGGACCCGUGCGGUCACUGGCAAUGGACCGCGAGGGCCGAUACAUGGUCUCGACGGGUCAGGAUCAGAAGAUGGCAGUGUGGGAUAUCAGAAUGUUCAAGGAGGUCAACAGCUACUACACCCGCCAGCCGGCGUCAUCAGUGGCCAUCUCAGAUAGCGGUCUGACGGCCAUCGGAUGGGGCACCCAGACUACCAUCUGGAAGGGCCUGUUCGACAAGAACGCCCCCGUUCAGCAAAAGGUGCAGAGCCCAUACAUGGCGUGGGGCGGUGAGGGCAAGCGCAUCGAGCGAGUCAAGUGGUGCCCCUUCGAAGAUGUCCUCGGCCUCGGCCACGACGAGGGCUUCUCAUCCAUCAUCAUCCCCGGCGCCGGCGAGGCCAACUUCGACGCCCUCGAGGUCAACCCCUUCGAGACGGCCAAGCAGCGCCAGGAAUCCGAGGUCAAGGGCCUGCUCAACAAACUGCAGCCCGACAUGAUCGCGCUCGACCCCAACUUCAUCGGCAACCUGGACCUGCGCUCCGACAAGCAGCGGCGCGAGGAGCGCGACCUCGACGCCGCGCCCGUCGACGUGGCCGAGGAGAUCCGCAACCGCGCCCGCGGCAAGAACGGCGCCCUCAAGAAGUACCUCCGCAAGCAGCGCAAGAAGAACAUCAUCGACGAGAAGCGCCUGCGCGUCGACGAGCUCUGGAACGAGCAGCAGAAGCAGAAGGAGAAGAAGCGCCAGGAGGUCGAGGAGGAUCUUGGGCCGGCGUUGUCGAGGUUUACAAAGAAGGAGUAGUGCUAGAUUUUUAUAGAAAUGCGAAUAAUACCCCUGACGAACAUCCGUGUGUUUCUG